AUGGCUUCAGAGGAUCAAUCCGUGGUGAGAUCUACCGGGAAGGUGAGUUGGUUCAGCGAUAUCAAAGGCUAUGGUUUCGUUACUCCCGAUGACGGCAGCGUUGAGCUUUUCGUUCAUCAAUCCUCAAUUGCUUCCGACGGUUUCCGGAGUUUAACCGUCGGCGAUUCGGUUGAGUUUACUGUUGCUGAGGGAAGCGACGGCAAGACCAAAGCCGUGGAUGUUACUGCUCCAGGUGGUGGUCCUCUUAAGAAGGAGAACAGCUCUCGUGUUAGGCGCGGCGGCGGAUGCUUCAAGUGUGGUGAGGGAGGUCAUAUCGCUAAGGAUUGCCGUGGCGGCGGCGGUGGUGGUGAGCGUAAAGAGGGUUGUUUCAAGUGUGGUGAGGGAGGUCACUUUGCUAGGGAUUGUUCUUCUCAGAAAUCAGGUGGGAACGGAGGAGAGCAACGUGGAGGUAGGAAGGAAGGGUGUUACAAUUGUAAUGAGGUUGGUCACUUUGCUAGGGAUUGUACUCAGAAACCUGCUGCUGGAAACGUGAGAAGCGGCGGCGGUGGUGAGCGUAAUGGAUCUUGUUACACAUGUGGUGGAGUUGGUCACAUGGCGAGAGAUUGUGCGACUAAGAGCACUGGUUGUUACACAUGUGGUGGUCCUCACUUGGCUCGUGAUUGUGACAGGAGAGGAAGCGGCGGCGGUGGAGGUGGAGGUAAUAAUAAGUGUUACAAGUGUUUCGAAGUAGGUCACUUUGCUAGGGAAUGUUCUGUAGUAGAUGAAUUAGUGAAUUGA